GUGCCAGAUGUGGACACACUUCUUCUGCUUUAGUCUCGUUGCUUGUUCCUUCCUUUUCCUGCACCGUGUUAGGGUUUGGAUCAGAAUCUCUCGUUUCUUGCCUUGAUUUCAAAGUUAGAAGUAGAUUCCAUAAAAGAUGACUCAAGAUCUUGAGAUGAAGGAUCGUUCAACGCCUUCCAACUCUGUCUCCUCAGCUGUUCCAUCUACUUUGCAGCAUUUGAAAGAGAUAGCGUCUCUUAUUGAGACCGGUUCGUACUCGAAGGAAGUUCGCAGAAUUGCUCGUGCUGUUCGCCUUACAAUCGCAUUGAGGCGCAAAUUGACAGCUUCCGUUAUAUCGUCUUUUCUCGAUUAUGUCCUCACUACCGGUUCUGAGGCUCACGCCAAAUUAUCUGCCUAUAUUCCCAAGGAUGAGGAUCAUGAGAUGGAAGUGGAUGCUGCUACGUCUGCAAUUCAAACGCCAGCUAAACAUUUGUUGCCGGAGAUAGAAAUAUAUUGUUACCUGCUUGUACUACUUUUUCUGAUUGAUCAGAAAAGGUACAAUGAGGCCAAAGCUUGUUCGUCUGCAAGCAUUGUUUUGUUGAAGAAUCUGAACAGAAGAACUGUUGAUGUUAUUGCAUCAAGACUGUACUUCUAUUAUUCUUACAGCUAUGAGCUUACAGGAGAUCUUGCUGAAAUUCGGGGAAACCUUCUGGCUUUGCACCGUAUUGCUACUCUGCGCCAUGAUGAGCUGGGUCAGGAAACACUUCUAAAUCUGUUGCUUCGUAACUACCUUCACUACAAUCUGUACGAUCAGGCCGAGAAGCUGAGGUCCAAGGCUCCACGAUUUGAAGCACAUUCAAACCAGCAGUUCUGCCGUUAUCUCUUCUACCUAGGAAAGAUUCGUACAAUUCAGUUGGAGUAUACUGAUGCAAAAGAGUCUCUCCUCCAAGCUGCCCGAAAAGCUCCAGUUGCAGCACGUGGUUUUCGAAUUCAAUGUAACAAGUGGGCUGUGAUAGUGCGUUUACUGUUGGGAGAAAUACCUGAGCGAACUGUGUUUAUGCAGAGAGGGAUGGAGAAAGCUUUGAGGCCUUACUUUGAACUUACAAAUGCUGUCCGGAUUGGUGACUUGGAGCUGUUUAGGAAUAUUGCAGACAAGUUUGCUACCACCUUUAGUACCGACAGAACGCAUAAUUUGAUAGUUCGUCUGCGGCAUAAUGUCAUCAGGACUGGUUUACGCAACAUCAGCAUCUCCUAUUCCCGCAUCUCACUAGCUGAUGUUGCUAAGAAAUUGAGGUUGAACUCAGCAAAUCCCGUUGCUGAUGCUGAGAGCAUUGUCUCAAAGGCUAUCCGCGAUGGGGCGAUUGAUGCUACGUUGGAUCAUGCAAAUGGGUGGAUGGUUUCUAAAGAAACUGGGGAUAUCUACUCGACAAAUGAGCCUCAACUGGCUUUUAAUUCUCGGAUUGCCUUCUGUCUUAAUAUGCACAAUGAAGCUGUUCGAGCCCUUCGAUUUCCUCCAAACACGCACAAGGAAAGUGCUGAAAAGAGGAGAGAGAGACAACAGCAAGAACAAGAAUUAGCUAAGCAUAUUGCGGAGGAAGAUGAUGAUGAAUUCUGAUAUCCAUUGUCCCGUUAAACUUAUCCAGCUGCAGUCAGGAUCUCUUUAUUUUCAAUCUUCUCAUAUUUUUCGUUCUAAGAACUUCCAUUGCCAUUUUAUUUUGAAAAGAAUGAUUUAUUCAAUUGCUAAGUGGAAGAUAUCUGGAAAUCUUUUAACAAAUUGAAAUCGUUACUAUGCUUUUCAUCCUUGA